GGGCACUGAGGGGGCAUGAGGAUGAAAGCCGAGGUGUCGGACAUGAGCCAGUGGAGAGAGGUGGAUUUGGAGGAGAAGUGCACCUAUGUUGUACAUGACCAAGCAAGGGACCUUUCCAAAUCUACUGAAAUCCCUUGGGCCAGAGCUUCCAUACCCCGAAACCUUACCUUCAAAUAUGCAAACGCCAAUGAGCAGGUGAUUGGAGUGCUCAGUAAAGAAUACAUCCCCCAAGGAACACGCUUCGGGCCAUUGGUUGGGGAUAUCUACACCAAAGACAAUGUCCCAAAGAACAUAAGCAGAAAGUACUUCUGGAGGGUUUAUUCCUCCGGGAGGCUGCAUCAUUUUCUGGACGGCUACAGCGAGUGCAAGAGCAACUGGAUGCGAUACGUGAACCCUGCACACUCGGCGGCCGAACAGAACCUGGCCGCCUGUCAGAAUGGCACCGAUAUUUACUUCUACACCGUCAAACCCAUCCCGUCCAGCGACGAGCUGCUGGUGUGGUACAGCCGCGAGUUUGCCGAGAGGUUGAACUACCCUCCGACCGGCGACAUGGUGAUGCUUAAACUCAAACAAAACCUUAAGGGAUACAAGGAUCUGGUGCCUGAAUACACUGGCCAGCUACCUCAGAGCCAAGACGACAUUCACGAAGGCCAAAAACACAAUGCUAACAACACAAAGAACGAGGAAGAAAACGUGGAUGUAGAGAUGAUCGAAAGAGAUACCCCACCCACCACGCCAGACGACCAAAUAAUGGACUUCAGUAAAAAGCUUUGCCCUGAUGUUGUGCGAAGCCCUGUGCCAGACAAACACAGUUCGACGUUCAAUGACGUUAAAGACGAUGAGAGACGAGUGGACAGAAACAGUAGAAACCAAAGAUCUGAAUGUUCUGUUAUUCAGCAAACACCUCGUAUUCCGUCUCCUCACUCGACUACCUCGCCUCCCAAUAAAUUCCCCGUACCCGUGAAUGGAUAUCAUAACCAUGCUGAGGGCUUGGUCUCCUACCCAAUGUACUCGCCUCCCAGCCACCUCCCGUAUCAGCCCAUGUAUCCAUACAGUGCUCUGCCUCCGCACUAUGCAAGAUUUAUAUUGCCCAACUAUUCACCUGGAUUCAACGGCCUUCACCCACUGAACAGUCCAGCCACUUUGAACAACAUGAGCAAUCUCGGCCUGUUUGGCAGGAUGCCCCCAGUGUGCGGGGGGUUUGCGGCAGGGGACUGCCUCUUCCAUCCCAUGAUGAAUCGGACUGCGUUGCCUGUCAUGGUGCCUACCGAAGAAGGCCGAAAGUGUCACCUCUCUGAGCAGCCACGAGGGGUUCUUAUCCCCGCUCCCACAAGCGCCUUCUCGCCCUUGGCUCCAGGAGUGGGCUUGAAGGAAAUGCCUCUCACCCGACCAACCCCUUCAGGUACCUCAAUGAACUCUGAACUGAAAGCUACCUCAUGGGUUCCAGCGAGUGAAGAAGCAAUGAAUUUGAGCAAACCAAAGACUUCUCCUGCAGAUUUCCCGGGUUACAAGUCACUUCCCUAUCCACUAAAGAAACAGAAUGGGAAGAUCAAGUACGAGUGCAACGUGUGCUCCAAAACAUUUGGUCAACUCUCCAACCUAAAAGUGCAUUUGCGGGUCCACAGUGGAGAAAGACCGUUCUCCUGCAACACUUGCAGUAAAACCUUCACACAGUUGGCCCACCUCCAAAAGCAUUACCUUGUACAUACCGGAGAAAAGCCUCACCAGUGUCAGGUUUGCCACAAACGUUUCAGCAGCACCAGCAACCUGAAGACUCACCUCCGCCUGCACUCUGGAGAGAGGCCCUAUCACUGCAAGCACUGCUCGGCUAAAUUCACCCAGUUUGUCCACCUCAAGCUGCACAGGCGCUUGCACAGUAAGGAGCGGCCGCACAAGUGUCACCUCUGUUCCAGGAGCUACAUCCACCAGUGCAGCCUGAAGAUCCACCUCAAAAGCAGCAGCUGCAUGGCGUCAGAGACCAAAUGGUCCAAGGAGGAGCUCCUCAAGAUCGAUGAUGAAAUCAAUAGGUUCGACAUGAGUGAAAAUGCCGAGAGAUUGGACAAUGUUGCCACGGUAACAGAGAUGGAGGUGAUAACUGAGCAGCUUAUAGUCCAUGGUCUGGAUGCAGGGCGCAAAGAGGACCAAUUCAGAGCAGCAGGUCACAAGAACAAUGGAGACAGCCAUCCACCCUCUAACCUCCAUGAAAGGACCAAGACCAAUCUACUGCAAUUUCACCAGGGUCCAGCAACUCUGCAUCCCGUCAGGUUCAAACAAGAAGCCAGCCUAUAAUUGUGUAACAGCCAUGUGUUGGGACUAAUUCAAUGAACUCUUCUCCAAAAUUGGUACAUAUUGACAGAAAGAUGUUGGAUAAACUGGAAGGGAGAUUCAUAACAUUGUCAUGUUGAUCCUAGAAAGAAAAGUGUUUCAAGACUCUUUCUUGAGUGCUUUGUUUAAACUUCUUGAAGGAGUAGUCUGUUUUAUGCGAUCUGACAAAUUGUUAAUUGAUGCUUGCAUUUCUUAUGAGUUUUUAUGCGUUCAGUCAGACCAAAAAGGAAGCUUCCUAACACAUGGCCAUUGUUGGGUCAGGUGUUAGACCCAAUCUUUGCUGUGAUAACCAGUUGUGCUUUCAGUGCUUUCUCAGGGUGUGUCAGAUGUAUUUAUGCAACAGAAAAUGGUAUAUAUUUUUUAUCAGUUAAGAGACAAUCAGAUACAAGUUUAUUCUUCUAUGCCUAUAUCUUAUUUAUUAAGAAACAGAACAUUUUCUUUUUUUUAAAAUAAAGUUCACAAUUGCA